AUGGACCACGGCAAGCCUUGCGAUCGACAACAACCGCUGCACGCAUCAGUCCCGACCACGGACCUCCGACGGGAACUCUCCACAUAUGUGGACCACCGUAUCGUCCAGGCCACAGCCCCACUCGAGCAGGAAGUCGAUACCCUCCGAGCGGAUAAGGAGGCCCUCACAGCCUUAGUCUCUGCCACCAGUGCAGCCUUCACCACUUCGAUGCGCGACUCCUCGAAGAACGCAGCCUCCGGGAGGCUGCUGAACACCAACAAUCGAGGACCAACGCAAGUUGACGGAGGCGCAAAACCGCCUGCAAACCACCAUCACACAACAGGGCACCUACCAAGCGGCAAUGGCCGAACGCCUCCCCAUCAUCGAUCCAGUCUACGCACCCAUAUGCAAGCCAUGCAGAGUGUCUCCUCCCAACUCGCUGGCCUCGCCGCCCUCGGCACCCCUGCGACCAGACUACCAGCCACGUACCCCACCCAGCCUACGCUGACGCCCUCUUCCCCCGCACCCGAUGACGGCGCCGCCGCCGCAGCUCCUGGAGGAUCCAGCGUUUCCCCCCCGGACAUGCACACGGCCCGCAUCCAACGGGACAACGUCCUCCUGAGGGAAACCCUAGAGGGUGAGGCCUUCAUCGGAGACGCGGGCUCAACCCCAACCCUGGACAUACAGGUAGGCAGCCUACGUAUCGCAGCGACCAACAUCAAUAAAAAUACGUAUGGUAAAUUGAGCGCCGAACUGGCCACGUGGUUCCGAGCCAAUGCGCUCGACUUCCUCAUCAUCGCCGACUCUGACUUGCCGGCCCACAAGGCCACACAACUAUGGACACACCCACACGCCUAUUCUACGACAUUCAUCGCUGGCACUCCCGCAUCGACGCCCGCUGUACCACAUACUCCCCCUCCGGGCGACAAUCCCGCCGCCCACAAGGAAGCCACGGACAGCGAAUGGCAAUGGCUAGCACAGGCAACCACCCGAGCCACGGAUCCUCACCACUUUGUGGUCAUGGAAGGGGAUUUCAAUACCUAUGGGCCCAACCCCCUCGACCAAGCAUCGGACUUGUCUCCUCCUUCCGUCACCGCCACCCCAGCAUCCAACGGCACUCAAGAGGCCUUUCCCAUCCCCCUCCGUCGUGUCUUUACACUGCCUUGGUCCCAGAUUGGUGACGAAACCUUUGCAAGCCAUCUGUUUGGCUCGGACGUUUCGCCCAGCCACCACGUAUCUGUGCCACGGAACGCUCCAGAUCUUUCCUUCCCCUCCCACAUCCAACGGCACACAUACGCCCGCAACAACACGGCCGUCGCACUGCACACCAUCCACUCCAGCGACCAUCCAGGCACUCCAUAUAUGGCCCUAGACCUGGGCCCCGGCGAUCACACCCCAUCUCGACUUACUGGGGUCAAGCCCAUCCGCGUUGUCAACACCCGCACCCUUGCAAAGGCUGACAUUGCAUCCUUCGGCGUAGACUCAGGACUUGAGACCGACCGCCAAAAUGUCCCCCAUUUCUUCCGCGACUGGCUACUCCAGGACAUGGACCGGCCCGACAAAGUUGCACAAGGCUUCCAAUCCCCUGCGGGCACUACCUGGGACACCCACCACUACGAUGAAGACAUGCAAGCCCGCUGCGACCGUAGCCUACGAACACGCAUAUCCCCAGGAUAUGGGGGUGUCUCCCAGGAACUCUGGAUCGCUGCAUGCAUACGAGCCAGGGAACGGGUGAUCAUCAACCCCAUGCUACGCACAGGCCUAGUCCCGCUGAUACUCGGACGAAAACAGAUGAUCUACCUUGCCAAAUCGGAUACAGCCCACGGGGUGGUAAACUUAGACCCUGGACUUUCCCCCUGGCGCCCCAUCACGGUCCAAAGUGCUUUCAGCAGUCGAAUCUUUACCGUUAUACGGGACUACAUCACCCCCUGUAUCCCCAACCACGAAAUGCAACACGGCUUCCAGCGAGACCGCACAGUUCAGGACGCCGCCUAA